AUGGAAAAAGCAUACUACAGACCGGAGCAGUCGAAAGUCACCAUUGACAUAGGGGGAAAAAGGUUUGUGACAAAAAGAUCCACCUUACUGACUGUCCCCAACACUCGGUUAUCGGACAUGCUUUUAGUGAAAAACAGUAAUAACGAUUCUGCCGAGUUUUUCUUCGACAGGAAUCCUUUUCUAUUCGAAUACAUCUUGGAUUACUAUCGUUCGGGCACUCUGCAUCUCCCCCAUAACCGAUGUGGUAUGGCCAUUAAGGCGGAGCUGGAGUUCUGGGGCCUGCAUGAAGCGCACGUUUCUAGUUGUUGUUGGCAUACGUUCAUCCAGUCCACAAAUGCUGUAGCGACCCAACUGCGCAUUGCCAAAGAGUUCUCUGUGCUUUCCCAAAGGCAUGACGCUGGUCUCAGGGCACAAACGCCCAAGGAAAAGGUGUGGGCUUUUCUCGCCUAUCCGGAAUGGUCGCCCAUGGCGAAGAUUUAUGCUUUGGUCAGCGGAUUCCUCGUGAUUCUGUCCAUGCUCAUGCUUCUAUUGGCCACCCUUCCGGAAAUGCGCACAGAGUUCAUAUCGAAACCCUCAGCUGAAAACGAAACGGAAAGCGGAAAUUGUCCGAACACUUCCCACGUCAAGCAAGGGCGGGUUUUACGAACAAUGGCAACAACGAAACCGCAUUCCGUGAUUACGUAUACAGAUCUUGCUAUCGCCGUUUUGUUUGGGAUCGAACUUGUUACCAAAUUCUUGUCCUGUCCUAACAAGUUUGCGUUUAUGAAAUCAUUCCGAACAAUCACCGACGCCGUCUACCUGGCGCCAAUUUUUGUUCUCCACGUCAUACACUGCGUAGACAAUGGAUUCUGGCCAUCCCUGCAAAACUCUCGGGCUUUUGUCCUGCUUCAGAUCUUGUUCGUCCUCCGAGUCCUUCGACUGCACCGCGUUGCCUGUUGCUUGAGAGGAUACAAAGUGCUUGUGUUGUCAUUAAGAGCCAGUCUCAAAGAGUUAACGCUUCUCAUUACGCUGACUCUCUUCACCGCUAUCAUUUUCGCUUUCGUCAUAUUCUUUUUAGAAAUGGCUCAUCAAGAUUCCAUCCACAACGCCUUUGUCGGCAUGUGGUGGGCGGUGAUCACGAUGACAUCAGUCGGAUACGGUGACGUAUACCCAGUCACACCUGGUGGCUACGUCAUCGGCGUCUUGUGCGCAUUCGUCGGCAUCAUUGCGCUUAGUCUCCCCGUACCUAUGAUUGCCAACAAUUUCAACAUUUACUACGCGUAUAGAGAAGAACUGUCUUCGUCAUUGUCCAAAAACCCAUGGCAAGGAGAACAUCAGUUAAUUAUUGCCAAUAAACUAACAGUACAGGAAAGAGUUGAAUUGGUCUUCAUGUUUUGGAAAAGAUGGGGCAAUACACCGCUCUGUAGCUGA